AUGGCUUCGAUUCCGCAGUGGACGUGGGACGAACACAAGCGUUUUGAGAUAGCUGUGGCUCAAUCCCUGGUGGACUCGUCGUCUUCUUUAGAGAAUAUCGCCAAGCUUCUGAAGAAACCUUUCGAGGAGGUGAAGUACUACUACGAAGCGUUGGUCUACGAUGUUGGAAUGAUCGAAUCGGAUAACAUUGCUUUGCCCAAGUACCGGGACGACGAUUACGUGUCAUUGAAGGAAGCGAGAAAGCCCAUACAUAUAAUAAAGGGAAGAUUUUGGACAGAAGAGGAACACAGAUUGUUUCUGGCUGGAUUGAACAAGUAUGGGAAAGGAGAAUGGAAGAUGAUAUCAAGAGAAUUUGUCAAGACAAAGAACCAUAUGCAAGUGGCAACCCAUGCUCAGAAGUAUUACAAAAGGCAGCAAUUGGGGAGUAAGAAGAAACGCUCGACUAUCCUUGACAUAACUUUGGAGUCUAUCACAGGCAAGCCAGAUUUUGGAAUGCAUAACCCUCCGCAUGAUGAUGAUCAUCCGCCGUCCCGAGGCUCUUGUCUUGGACCUGAGAUGUGUAAAGAAUGA